CUGCUGUAGAUCUCUUCUACAUAAACUGCCAAGACUAUAUGGAAGAGAUUUUAUAAUAACAUUGACUUUUUUAAAGGCAUUUUCUAGCCUUAUUCCCGAAAUGCACAGCCCUAUGUUAGAUAAUCCGUCUCUCCUUAGUCGUGGGCGAGUCUACCUAUGUAGACACCUAGGCAACCGCAAAUGGUACGAGCUAUGUACGAGGAGCUACGAUUACGCGUAUAUCUCAGGCCAGACUGAAACAUGUAAGGUAUUACUCGAGUUGCUCCUCUUUGAUCAUUGUUGCUUGCUGUGUGACUCGACUUGAAAUCCCCAAAAUAUCAAGGCUGGCAGAUCACAACGGCGAAAACUAGAAGUCAUCGAAAAUGGAACUCACAACAUACUUCGACAGUCGCUUUAAAUUCCGGGUUCAUAUGGUUCAAUUAUCAAUGAUCGCUUUGGUCAUUAUCCUAUCUAUCGCCCGUAUUGCUAUGAGAGAUCCACCACCACAACGGGCACAUACUAUGGGAAUUGCCAUCGGUUUAAAAUCCAUUGUUUUCAUUCUUUAUCAAGUUCUCACGGAACAUACCUUCAAAUUCCAGAAAUGGGCCAAUAAAAAGACGAACUUCAUUCUCAACUGUGUAGACAUACCCUUCUGGGCAGUAAUGAUGGGUCUUUUGCUAUCGACGAAUGCGCAGGCUUGCGUUGGUGGCUCAUGUGCAGUGAGCUGGAUCUUAGCAUUGCUGGCAAUCGCCCUAUUAUUUCUCACGUUCUGGGCGGCUAUUGCGUCUUACUUCGAGUAUCGAUACUUUGGUAUAAAGAGGGCACAAGAUACCACAUACGUAUGAUACAACGAGUGGAAAUAUGGUGUUGUGGAUUGGGUAUAGAAUAUGUAUGAAGUACUAUGUUGAUAGAUGGGAGGGGUAUGUACCUGGGUAUGAUAAAGCGGCGGGGUUUCGAUUAUAUACACUCAUAUAGAGUACUUUCUGGUCUUGUAUGUUCAAUAGAGAGGUAUCAAACUCGUAAAACUCAUGCCUUUCGUUCUCUCAAAAAGACCUUAAGGGGAGGCUUCUCCCAUAGGCUGUAGAUCUUCUGAUCUUCCCAUUUCCCGAUACUUUGAUCGAGUGUCAGGUCAAAAUUCCAUAAUACUCUGGCUAGGAUUAGGCGCAUCUCAUGGUAGCUGAAGAAUUAGUGAACAAGUGUUACACGGCUGCUUUUAGCUGAUGUUGU